CGCGGCUCCCAGGUGAGCACAUCCACAGCUCACACUUGCUCGGGACGCCUGAGGACACGCGCAACCUUCAGCCAAGUUCCCCACACUGACAGCACCGCCGCGGUCGCCGGGCUUGCCGGAACACCGCGGGCAACCAGCUCGCCCUCACCAGGCAGCCGCGGCCAACGCCGGCACACGUAACGUACUCGGACGCCCUGCGCCGCUGCAGACAGCCACAAGCUGUGAGGAGAACGGACUGAUGGGGAUGGGGAGCCCGCAGUGGAAGCGAAAGACCAGUCAUGAGGGUGCUAUGUUUGCCAGGGCAAGAGAUGCUGGCGGCCAUGGGGACAAGCCAAUUGGAUGGGCUGACUCAUCCAAGGCCCACUGGAAAGUGUACUGGGACCCAGACAAAAUGGACCCAGAGAACAAGAGCCGUGGCUAACCAUAUCCCACCAGUGCCUAAACUUACUCACCUGGCCUCCUGUGAUCACCUUGUUACUGAACCAAAGUCGGAUCUGCUUGCCCAACAUGUAGCAAAGACAACCUGCUGACGCCAGGCUGUGGUGAAGAUGUUUUCAAGUCAGAAAACAUUUACUGAGCACCUACUAUGUACAAGAUGAACAUCUGCAACAAGCCCUCUAACAAGACAGCCCCUGAGAAGAAUGUGUGGACAGCACCUGCACAGGCCAGCGGACCCUCCCCGGAGCUGCAGGGCCAGCGGUCCCGCCGGAAUGGGUGGAGCUGGCCCCCUCACCCGCUCCAGAUUGUGGCCUGGCUGCUGUACCUCUUCUUUGCUGUGAUUGGCUUUGGGGUCCUUGUUCCCCUCCUGCCUCACCACUGGGUGCCUGCUGGCUAUGCUUGCAUGGGCGCCAUCUUUGCUGGUCACCUCGUGGUGCACCUGACUGCUGUUUCCAUCGACCCAGCAGAUGCCAACGUGCGGGACAAGAGCUAUGCUGGGCCCCUGCCCAUCUUCAACCGCAGCCAGCAUGCACACGUCAUUGAAGACCUGCACUGCAACUUGUGCGAUGUGGAUGUGAGUGCUCGUUCCAAGCACUGCAGCGCCUGCAACAAAUGCGUGUGCGGCUUCGACCACCACUGCAAGUGGCUCAACAACUGCGUGGGCGAGAGGAACUACCGGCUCUUUCUACACAGUGUGGCAUCUGCCUUACUGGGCGUCCUGCUCCUCGUGCUGGUGGCCACUUAUGUCUUUGUGGAGUUCUUUGUCAACCCCAUGCAGCUGCGUACCAACCGCCACUUUGAAGUCUUGAAGAAUCACACAGAUGUGUGGUUCGUGUUCCUGCCUGCUGCCCCUGUGGAGACACAGGCUCCUGCCAUCCUGGCUCUGGCUGCCCUUCUCAUCCUUCUGGGCCUGCUCUCCACAGCCCUGCUCGGCCACCUGCUCUGCUUCCACAUUUAUCUCAUGUGGCACAAGCUCACCACCUAUGAAUACAUCGUGCAGCAUCGUCCGCCCCAGGAGGCAAAGGGGGCCCACAGGGAGCUUGAGUCAUGUCCCCCCAGGAUGCGGCCCAUUCAGGAGAUGGAGUUCUACAUGCGGACCUUCAGCCAUGUGUGCCCAGAGCCCCCUGGCCAGGCCAGGCCUGCCUCAGUGAAUGCUAACCCCUCCCGGUUCCUUGCCACCCGCGGCCACGUGGAGCCUCCACCGCCCUCCUCCCCAGAGACUCUCGCUCUGCCCCCCCGGAUCCGACCCCAGAAAAAAAGGAAGCGGCGCAUGUAUAAGGUACGGACCUCCAGAACCUUGGACCGGGAGCCCCCGUUGCCCAGGCUGCCGGGGCCGCGGACCCCCCGCCGCCGCUCUAGCUCGUCGUCGGAUUCCGCUGACGCCAGCCCUGCAGGCGCCUACCACUCGGCGUCAGCCGAGUCCAUGGACGAGAUUCCAGUGGCUCAGACGCGCCUAGGCAGCGCCGGGGUGGCGCUGCAGGCGCGUGCGCCGGCCGUUUUCGUAAGCCCGAGUAGCGGCGAGCCCGGUGCGCGGGGCGGCCCGGAAGCCGGUCCCGCUUAGCUGGGACAAGAAACAGGGAUGGCGGAGGAAAGGCGGGACAGACUCUCUAUGCAACACCCCCCACCCCCGCCGUACUGAGUGCACUUUAGGGGCCGCUAAGGGCCGGCGGGAUCGGCCCCCUCCCCCACGACUCAGCAAUAACAGCCCCACCAGCCGUGAUGCUCCAAUAAACUUUUUUAUGCUUUUGCGGAGUUAGUGCAUACCUUCUUAAUGGCAAGGGCCACGGGCCCUCCUGGAGCCGGACCAUUGCAAGUCAGCCUAGGGGCAGAGGGUGAGGUGGGUUCCCCCCGCACACACACCGUACGCUGGGUGGCCACCCAGAUUGUCAUAUGGAGAAGCUCAGGUACGGGGCUCCUGGUUGGGAAAGGUCCUAGAAGCUGCCUGGAGGAGGUUAUUUUUCUUGAAGGUAGGGUUUGCACUUGGUGAGAGGAGGGGAAGCAGGCUUUGGGGUCGGGAGGCAGCAGCGGAAGCAGAGACUGCGAGGCUAACACCGGGCUGGGGUGGGAAUAAAUGAGGACGCGGACCCAGGAAGUCCAGGAGCUUUUCCCUGGCCGCGGGAGAGACGUCGGUGUACCAGCAUUUGGGGGCUGGCACUCGUGAUUCGUUUACUGUCCCCUCCCGCCCCCAGUGACCCGGAGUUGUGACCUGGGAUGCCACACGCUCAUUGGAGAGCUGUGGUCUUGAGCCAGCUUUAGACCCCACUGUCACUAAGGGAAGGGACCUUCCCACUCCUCUGCACGCCCCCCCCCCACGCCCCCCGCCAAAGGCCUUCGGUUGCUGCUCUGGGAAGUUGGAUCUCCCCUGGAGGCGGGGAUCAGCUUUGAACUUCAGGUCUGGUCACCCCAGCCACAGAUGCAGCGGGAUGAGACUAUCGCAGCAGCUCCGCCCCCGCGGAGAGCGGAGAGGGCGGGGUCGGGUAGGUGGAGCCAGCGUGACCUUGGUCACUCUCCCGCCGAGACAGCCCCGGGGGUGGGACUCGCCGUCUCUAUGGAGACCGAGAAACAAGGGAAUAAUACGGCGGAACCGCCCGGCCUGCAGUCCCGCCCCAGAGCCGGCAGGGAGCAGAGCUGUGGAGCCGCCUAGUCUCCUGCGUCCAUCGGUCCAUUCUUGCGUCUUUCUUUCUGUCCAUCGAACGUGCACUGCAGGAGCAGCCACGAGGGAGAAGCCGGGUGGCAUGGCAGCGAGCACAGAUGUGGCUGGGCUGGAGGAAAGCUUCCGCAAGUUUGCCAUCCAUGGUGAUCCCAAGGCCAGUGGGCACGAGCUGAAUGGCAAGAACUGGGCCAAGCUGUGCAAGGACUGCAAGGUGGCUGACGGAAAGGCUGUGACAGGGACCGAUGUCGACAUCGUCUUCUCCAAAGUCAAGGGGAAGUCUGCCCGGGUCAUCAACUAUGAGGAGUUCAAGAAGGCCCUAGAAGAGCUGGCACCCAAGCGAUUCAAGGGGAAGAGCAAGGAGGAGGCCUUUGAUGCCAUCUGCCAGCUGGUGGCAGGCAAGGAACCAGCCAAUGUGGGUGUUACUAAAGCAAAAACAGGGGGUGCUGUGGAACGGCUGACUGACACCAGCAAGUACACGGGCUCCCACAAGGAACGCUUCGAUGAGAGCGGCAAGGGCAAGGGCAUUGCUGGGCGGCAGGACAUCCUGGAUGACAGUGGCUAUGUGAGUGCCUACAAGAAUGCAGGUACCUAUGAUGCCAAGGUGAAGAAGUGAGGCCUGGGAAGGCCUCCCCUAGCACGGCUGCCCCUGCCAGAGGCUCAGGCCUGCGCCUAAGGGGCAUGUGGAGCAAGAGAGCCCGGUCCCCUCCUUGCUGGAUCUGCCGCCCAGCGCUUCCUGCCCAGCCCUAUGGGGCCAGCCCACCAGACCUCUGACCCAGACUGCUCUGCAUCCCCUUCCCCUUUUUCUUUCCCCCUCGACUUCUGUCUGUCUGAGGAGAGUCUGUGCCUAUAGCCUCACCACCCCAACCUCGCCCCGGGCAUGGCUAACCCCUGCCUGCUUGCCUCAUAUUUAAGCUGCUGCUCUGGCCAAGUGCCUAAUUCUUACCCGGACCUCAAUAAAGCCACCUUUUGUACCAA